AUGCCGCCGAUUCCACAAGCCCUGGGGCGGCCGCGAGUGAUAUCCUAUGUCCAGACGUACUUCCCGGAUAAUGGACCCUACGUCUCGCUGCUCCCGCUGUACACAAGCUCCAGCGGCAUAACGCAUAUCAUCCUGGCUGCGUUCCACAUCAACGAGGACGCAGAGAGCAUUACUUUGAACGACGACUCUCCAGACCAUACUCGCUACGGCCCCCUCUGGGAAGAAGUGCGGGUGCUCCAGGGCGCAGGAAUCAAGGUGAUGGGGAUGCUUGGGGGCGCUGCAAAGGGGAGCUUCAGGCGGCUGGACGGGGAUACAUUCAUGGAAUACUACGCUCCUCUCCGUGAGCUGAUCAGAAUUCGCCAGCUCGAUGGCCUCGACCUGGACGUGGAGGAGGAGAUGUCUCUCGAGGGGAUCAUCCGGCUCAUCGACGCCCUCAAGUCAGACUUCGGCAACCGCUUUAUAAUUACCCUGGCCCCCGUUGCGUCGGCCAUGGUACGGGGUUUACGGCAUCUCUCUGGGUUCAGCUACUUUUCCCUGGAGGAGCAGAGAGGAUCCAAGAUAUCCUGGUACAACACUCAGUUUUACAACGGCUGGGGCGGCAUUCAGGACGUAACCGCCUACGAAACCAUCAUGUCUAACGGGUGGCCGAGCGAGAAGAUCGUUGCCGGAGUCUUGACCAACCCUCGCAACGGCACUCAGGGCUACGUGCCCGUGGAGCUUCUGAAUCUUGUUUUUGCGACGCUGUGUCAAAAGUACCCAUCGUUCGGUGGCGUCUCCGGGUGGGAGUACUUCAACGCCCUUCCCGGAGGGGAGGAGAAGCCAUGGCAAUGGGCGGCUAUCAUGUCCUUUAUCUUUGGAAUGAAAUAUCUGUAUGACACUGCCGUCAUUGGAGCUUUCUUGAUGGCAGCGAAUAAUGGCCCGCAUAGAAACUGA